AUGUCUCCUCGAGCAGGAGAAGCACUGGCGGAUGCCUUGAAAGUUAAUAAAACUCUCGCUCAACUUAAUCUUGGAAAGAACGAAAUAUCGGCUCGAGGAGGUGAUGCGCUGGCAAAUGCCUUGAAAUCACAAAAACAGCCUGAUGCAGAAGAAGAUGAUUUAGGUGGUAGUGCUGCUCAAAAAGAAAAAAUAUCAUUUUUAAAAAAUAAUCUUGAUCAAUUAACGAAAGUCCACAAACAGCUUGUGCGUGAAAAUGCGAAUUUACGUUGUGAAUUACCAAAAUUAGAAAAACGGCUUACAGCUACAAUGGACCGUGUUAAAUCGUUAGAACAAGCACUAAAAGAAGCGAAAGAAAGUGCAAUGGAAGAUCGUAAACGUUAUCAAUGUGAAAUUGAUCGUAUUAGAGAAGCUGUUAAACAACGUAAUCAUGCACGACGAACAAACACAGCACAAAUUGUGGAACCAAUACAAGCAGGGCAGAACCCUUCAACCAAUACAUCAACACCUAUUCCAACUAUUCGUGGCGGUAGUCAAUCUACAGAACCUUAA